AUGUCUGGAGCCAGAUUAGCCCAUCCGGUAACUAUCCAGGAUAAGGAGAAACCAAAUGUCAGCUACUGGGACUCGUUCAAGCUGUAUUGGUCCUUCAAACCUCUCAGUUACUAUGAAAAUCAAAUUUUGUCGUUUUUGCCCUUUUAUCCCAAUCCCUCGGACACGAAACGUGCCGAGAUAAUCAACACAGUGAUAGACGACAAAAACAAUUACAUUCACGAAUUUCUGGUGGAAAAUAUCGAGAAAUCUGAUGGCGAUGAGCCGCUGGACAUCGUUCUUGUGCAUGGUUACGGCGCAGCAUUGGGAUUUUUCAGUGCUAAUUUUGACGGAUUAACAAAAUUUCCUGGAACAAGGCUGCACGCAAUUGAUCUUCCUGGCUUUGGUCUGUCAAGUAGGCCACCAUUUCCGAACCUGAAAGGUGAUACUGCGGACGAUGUGAUAAAAAGUGAGGAGUUCUUUAUUGAUGCCAUGGAAAAAUGGAGAAUAGCGAAAGGACUUAAUCAGUUCGUACUGAUUGGCCAUUCACUAGGAGGAUACCUGUCUUGCUGCUACUACAUGAAGUAUGGAACAGAUAUUGUGAGCAAGAUUGUGCUGGUAUCACCAGUUGGUAUUGAACGGUCUGACCUCUCAUUUUACGUCACAAAGGAGCACUCACUUUCGAUAGACAAGGAGACGGAAUUGGCCAGAAGAGAGGGUAUCGAUUUAACAAACGAAUUUACUGAUCACCAAGCUGACCGCACACACGUGGAGGAGCUCGAUCACACCAAUGACGUGGUUUCUAUCACUUCGGACUCGAGCGACACAGAUACCUCUAGUUUGAUGACCCAAGUUAGAAGAGCUCCUCAAGUUGGCAAAUUAUUCACGCGCCUCUGGGAAAGAAACUAUUCUCCAUUCCAAAUUUUGAGGCUAUUCGGCCCUUUUGCAGGAAAGCUUGUUUCAGGAUGGACGUUUAAUAGAUUUUCGCAUCUACAAGACCCAAACACUCUCCUCAAGAUUAACGAAUAUACCGCCAAAACUAUGCUUGCAAAGGGUUCCGGAGAAUUUGCCCUCACCAGGAUACUUGCACCAGGAGCUGUUGCUAAACUUCCAUUGUCUGAAAGACUGCCUGAUAAAAUCAAGAUCAAAUCCCUGUGGCUAUAUGGUGAUGUUGACUGGAUGAGCAAAGAAGGGGGCUACGAGAUUGUGAAAGAAAUAAACGAGAAAAACAAGGACGAUGAGAACGCGAAGGCAAAAUUCAGAAUUGUGAAGAAUGCUGGUCAUCACGUCUAUUUGGACAAUGCUUCCGAUUUUGAGUAUCAUGUGUUAAAAUUUAUAAAAGACUGA